GGAACCAUCUGUGUCUGUGGGCGGGGGUGCCAGCUAUGCUCUGUUCGGAGGCCCGAACAACGGGGGUUCAAAAGCAGCGCAGCCUGAAGCCCCUGCACUCAGGGGUGUCUUUGCCAGGGUAGGACUGAAGCUGCGGGUGCGGGGUCGGUUCCUUUCGCACGAUUGCAUCCCCCCUCUGCAGUGUGCUCGGGUCCUUCAAUUUCCGGGAGCGUUCCCAUUCAGGCCACGGUGAGGAGGUAACGCUGGCUGGGGUCUGCAUUAAGAGGCUUCUCGGGACGGCAUUUUCUGCUUCCACUCUCAUGGCGGACAAGAAAAUAGUGGUGGUGUUUGGAGCCACAGGUGCCCAGGGGGGCUCAGUGGCCCGUACGCUCAUAGAAGAUGGAACGUUCAGGGUUCGAGCUGUGACCCGGGACCCUGGGCAGAGAGCAGCAAAGGAGCUAAAGCUGCAAGGUGCAGAAAUAGUGCAGGGAGACCAGAAUGAUGAGGCCAGCAUGGAACUUGCCCUGACUGGGGCUCAUGCCACCUUCAUUGUGACCAACUACUGGGAGAACUGCAGUCAAGAACAGGAGGUCAAGCAGGGAAAGCUGCUGGCCAAUUUGGCCAAGCGCCUGGGUCUUCGCUAUGUGGUCUACAGCGGCCUGGAGAAUAUCAAGAAGCUGACGGCAGGGAGACUGGCAGCAGGCCACUUUGAUGGUAAAGGGGAAGUGGAGGAAUAUUUCCGGGACAUUGGUGUUCCCAUGAUCAGUGUGCGGUUGCCCUGCUAUUUUGAGAACCUCCUCUCCUACUUUCUGCCCCAGAAAGCCCCAGAUGGAAAAAGCUACUUGCUGAGCUUGCCCAUGGGUGACAUACCCAUGGAUGGUAUGUCCGUUGCUGACCUGGGCCCUGUGGUGCUCAGCCUGCUGAAGAUGCCAGAAAAAUACAUUGGCCAGAACCUUGGGCUUAGUACCUGCAGGCACACAGCAGAGGAGUACGCUGACUUGCUCUCCAAGCACACUGGAAAAGCAGUGUAUGAUGCCAAGACAACCCCUGAGGAGUAUGAGAAGCUUGACUUCCCUGGGGCUCAGGACCUGGCCAACAUGUUCCGUUUCUAUGCCUUGAAGCCCAACCGGGACAUUGAACUGACGCUGAGGCUCAACCCCAAGGCCAGAACACUGGAUCAGUGGCUGGAGCAGCACAAAAGGGACUUUUUCAGGUUGUAGUGACCCUGUCCACUUUUUGACACCAUCUAGGGGGAGGGGAGGUGCAGCCACAGUGAUUCAUUCUUGUUACAAAAAAAAUUAUUUUUAAAAUAAAGGCCAUUGUUCUCAGAUGGUUUCCAAAA